GCUGCGUUCUUCACACACGGAGUGGUGGUGAGAGGCGCACCGUCGUGAUGCUCACGAUGUGCCAACUGAACCCGGUGCUGGCGGGCAGCGCGCUACUGGCUGGCUUCGGGCUGCAUCACCUGCUGCUCUCCAGCCCCUGCCAGUAUGGCAAACAGGACGAGCGCCCGUUGCCCUUGUCCACCCAGUUGCCAGCCCGCGUAGCCUGGUUUCUCCAGGAGCUCCCCUCUUUCUUGGUGCCUGUUGGGCUGCUUGCCUGGCAGCCCCACCCGCUCUUCGGCCCGCCAGGGACCUUACUGCUUGGCCUCUUCUGCGGACAUUACUUCCACAGGACGUUCAUUUAUGCCCCACUCACCAGAGGAAGGCCCUGCCCGAUCGAUAUGCUUUUUUUUGCCCUUGUCUUCUGUACCCUGAAUGGCUUCCUUCAAGGAUACUAUUUAAUUUAUUGUGCUGAAUACCCUGAGGAAUGGUUCACCGAUGUCCGAUUUACUUCAGGUAUCCUUUUAUUUUUCUUGGGAAUGGCAAUCAACAUUCACAGUGACUAUUUAUUGCGCCAGCUCAGAAAGCCUGGAGAAAUCUCCUAUAAGAUCCCACAAGGAGGAUUAUUCACUUACAUAUCUGGAGCCAAUUACUUUGGUGAGAUUGUGGAAUGGAUUGGCUAUGCCAUGGCAACCUGGUCUCCCCCAGGCUUGGCCUUUGCCUUUUUCUCAUUAUGUUUUCUUGGAAAACGAGCUUGUCAGCAUCACAGGUUCUAUCUCAAGAAGUUUCAAGACUACCCUAAGUCUCGGAAAGCCCUGAUUCCUUUCAUAUUUUAAAACCACAGAUGAUAGAAAAGAAUGGAAAAUUUCAAGUUGCUGAACUUGACAACUGAGUUACACUGUAAACAAUAACGUCAGUUAGCUUUUAUACAGGAUUUUUGAGUCUGCAAAGUGGCGUACAAGUAUUAUCUCAUUCGAUCUUCAUAACAACCCUGUAAGGCAUAUGCUAUUAAUAUUACUACUUUAUGGAUGAGUCUGAGAGAGGUUCAAUAAAAUUUGCUAGUGUUUUAAGAAGGA